GGCGGGACCAGACUCCGCACGAGACAUUAAACGCCCGCCGCUGCACGCCGCGAGACGCACUCCAUUAUCCGGCGAGCAUCUCAGGCGCACGAUCUGUAUUGGCAACGAGGGUCGCAGCGAAAACGCGUGGUCAUUGCGCCUCGGGAGAACACAAAUAGUCUCAUAGAGUGUUCCACGGGCGCCAAACCCGGCGCGCGCGACCGCAACAAAGCUCAAACUGCGGCGCCAGCACCCAAAGACGCGGCGCCCGCAACCCACCUCGGCGCGCGACGCACAGAGCCCGCAGACGCGGACCCAGGUCAGCGCGCGACCACCGACGCGAUGGCGCAGACCCAGCACCUCCCCGCCUUACUGGGCAGCGUGGGCCUCGGACACCUCGCGCCGCGCCUGACGCAAAAUGAAAUCGACUGGGAAACAGCAAGGCUCAUGAAGUCGAGCGACCUCGCCGACGUCGGCAUGACCUCCCAAGAGGCGGCGCUCUUCCGCGCGGCCGUGGCGCGGUCGCUCGGCCUGUUCACGCGCGUGAACUCGAGCAACAUGAUCACACCUCUGGGUCAGAGCGAACCGGUCAAGAUGAGCACCUUCGCGCGGGGCGUGAAAGGCGUCGACCCCGGCGCUUUGGUGUCCUACGUGACGACGCGCCUGGGCGAGGCUUCCGAUGUCAGACCAUUGGCGAAGGUCGCUCCGCCCGUCAAGGAAGAAGGAGGUCGGUGGCGCCGCGGCGUGACGCUCGCGCCCGAAGCUCCAGCACCUGUACAAAAGAAGGCCGUGCCUCCUCCAAUCCCGAACGCCUGGGGCCUCCUGCCCAAGCCCGCCGAGCCGGCGCCGGCGCCGCCGGCGAACGCCUGGGCCGCGCCGCCGGGCCUCCAGCCGGCGCCUCCCGAGCCGCCGAAGGCCAACGCCUGGGCCGCCGGCGCGCCUUUAUCCGCGAGGACCACCGGCGCGAGCGCCGGCGCGCCGCUUGUCCACAAGGACAGUACGAGCUCCUCGGAAUCCAUCAAGUUCGUCGGGUCCGUGCCUCCACCCAAACGAGAAACGGCCGACGAGCGCGCCCAGACGGCCAUGAUGGUCGCGCUCCGAGCGUGGGUCGCGAAGCAGCCCCAGAAGAAGCAAUUGAUGUCCGAGGUCCACCACUUCUGGACGGCCCACCCCGAAUUGACGAAGCCUAGGGAGCGCAUGACCAAAGUGGUAGAGAGGCACGCACCAACCCAUGGCAUGAAGUUCCGCAAACUGCCGGCGCCGGACGGCGGCGUGCUGGAGCUCGACGCCCCCAAACCUAUUGUACAGAACGCGUGGACGGCGCCGCCCCAGAAGGCGCCGGCGCCGAUCGCCGCGCCGGAAAUCCAGCUGAACAUGGGCCGGUCGCCCGUGUUAGCCGCGGCGGCGCCGGCGCCCAUGCCCUGGAACCCCUUGUUGGACGCCGUGGUCGGCGAGGCGCCGGCGCGGUCUGUGGUCGGGUUCGUGCCGGAGAGACUCGGCUCCUCCGCUUUGAACGGGGACGGGCACGAACGACUCGGCCCGUCGGCGCCUGUGUGAAAAUCAAAUUUCAGGCGCCCCACGCCAUCGACGCGACGCGUCUGCUCGAUGGCGUAGAGCUUCUACGCCGUCGACGCGAUGCCGUAACCUCGCUCACUGGUUGAUUCCCACUCAGGUCGGCGCUGAACGGCGACCGCCUGGCCUUCGAGCAGUCAGCAAAAAAUGAGGAGGCGUCCCAGGCCUUGAUUCAGAAGUUGCUUGCUGAUGAUAGAGCUACUCUACAAAGACCACCACCCGCGCGCAAGCCGCGGCCGAAGCCGCGGCGGACCGCCGGCUCCGCGUUCGAUCCGCCGCCCACCGUCGAGUCGGCGAGACGUAGGGUCGACGCCUUCCUCCUGAAGCACCCCAAAGUUGAUAAAAGGGGCACGGCGGCCCUUCGGAGGUUGGAGCCGCGAAAACAGAUUAGACUUGUACGUAGAUUGGAAGCGGACCAGCACAAGUCCGAGGUCGACGGCGUGUUGGUGCUAGCUUCCAUCAAGGACAACAACAACUUCGCCGCCACGGCUUCUGAGUUGCAGAAGCUUACGGAUAGUCUGAGACCCGUCGCGGACCGCCUCGCUUUGUCUUCAGACGCCGUCGCGAAGCUCUCCACACUAAGUAGAGAGGACCAGUCCAAGGUCGCGACGCGCUUCGAGGAGCCGGGCUACUUGGAUGAUCUGCGGAACGUGGAAGGCUUCGUCAAAUGCUGCUUCCACGAUCGAGGCGACCCCCUCAGAAGGUUACUGAGAGGUAGACCGAUGGAGCCGCUCCUCGUAAAAGCGGUCCAGGAGUUGGACCUGGCUCCUGAUUGUAUUGCGGCUCUCAGAAAGCUGGCUCUCCGCAAGCAGAAGGACGCCGCGGCCGCGAUUACAUCUCUUGAGACGUGUGUCACGUCGUCCACGCUCUUGGCCGCUUUGGAAGACGGUUCUUUGUUGAGCGGCGCCCUGAAGGAGCGCCUGCAGCGCGCUUCGCAAAGCAAGUGGGCGCGGCCGGACAGCGUCGUCUCGUCGACGUCGUCGUCGGAGCUGUCCGCGCUCGGCGCCUGGUAGCUUCGUAUCCUCUCAUCCUGUCUGCAUAAGAAGUCUCCCAUAC